UCAACUAACUCGUGGAUCGCUAGGUUGGUUGUGUUCACGUCUGCGAGUCUUUGAUAACGUAAUUAUCUAUCCAACUGACUUAGUGAUUAUUUAUCUUAUUGCUUAUAAGUCAAAAUGGGAGAGUGGUCCAACCCCUUUUUCGGUUGUUUCAAUAACUGUACCCUGUGCGUCCUGAGCACUUUUGCGGGCUGCUACGUGGCUGGAAAGAACGCUGAGGCCGUUGGCGAUGAUUGUGUGACGGUGGGUGUGCUGUACGCACUUAUCCGCCCAGUUGGUGUAUUUCUCACUGCCAAAACACGUGAAAAGAUCAGACAGCAAAAAGGAAUCGAAGGCGGAUUUGGCAGUGACUGCUUGGUUCAUCUAUUUUGUCCACUUUGCGCCCUUGUACAGGAUGCACAGGAAAUUCAGCCCGCAGCUCAGGCAGAAUCUAUGGCCAGGGAAUGAAAGCUUCUCUGUGUUUUAAGAUUAACGGUGACAUUAUUUUUUUCCAAAGAACUCGUUAAAUAUUCCAUCCAUUAAAUCUAUGCUCAAUCGACAUAGAUACACAAUAAUAGAACAAUGUGUUUCUAAGCACCUGCUGUUUUGCGAUCAUCAGAUUUGAACGUUAGCAGACUGCCUUUUUGUAUUACCUUUGAUUUAUCUUUAAAACAAAAAUCGAACCUCAUUCUAUCUAUGUACAUAUAUAUUCAUAUAUAUGUUUGUACAAAAGAUCAAUUUUAGCUAUACUUUUGUCACCGCAAGCUCAAAAUGCAUUGAUAUAUUUUUUGUGUUUAUCAUUGCGAAAUUAUUUUUCUGUUUUAUAUUGUAUAUUUUUUCUAUUUCUUGUGUAAAUAAUAUGAUGAAUCUAUCAAGAUAAAUUCGGAUUGAACGAAAUUAAAUGAUUUGUUGAUCGUUAA